CCAAGGGGUGGCCCAGCCGCGAGUGUGUGCCGCGCGUGUGAUGCGCGUCGCGGGCGUGCGCUACGACAGGGCCCCGAGGGCUGCUUGCGACAACGACGAGCAGAAGAAUCAGCGCUAUCUGCCAGCGCGCGAGGACUCGACGAUCGGAUCGAGGCGGCGAAGAAGAGCCAAGACGACGACUCGACGGCGCGAGCUGCGGCGAUAGCCCCCCUGGCGCCGCAUCGUCGUCGUCGUUGUCGAGGAGUCGUCUCCGGCAAGCGGCAGCCGCAGCAGCAGCCGGCAGGGGCCCGCGGGCGAUGUGCCCGGCCCGAGGAAGCUCUACGGGUGGACAAGGCGUACGAUGCCCAAGGAUGCUAGUACGUCGCUCGGACGCUGCAGCGCAGGAGAGGAAGAAGUGGGAGGAGGAGGCGAAGGAGGAACAGGAGGAGACGGGAACGAUAAUAGCGGCAGCCGUUUUGGCUGCGCCUGCCGUUCUCGAUCAGCAUCGUCAUCAUCGUCAUCGUCAUCGUCAUCGUCAUCUUUGUCAUCGACAUCGUCAUCGACAUCGUCGUCGUCCUUAUCGGCAGCAGCAGCAGCAACACCUCAUCUCGAACAAACAAAAUCAGCAUCAACGACACACAGAAGAAGAAGAAGAAGAGCGAGGAGUCGUUGGCGGCGGACUACUACUGGCGUGCCGCUACUCCUCGAUAACGGUGGUGCACCGGCGACAAACUGGCUGUUCCUGGCCCUGCUACUGCUGCUGAUGCUGGCUGCGCGCGAGUCCGCGGCCAAUCCGGACGCCAAGCGGCUCUACGACGACCUGCUGUCCAACUACAACAGGCUCAUCAGGCCGGUGGGCAACAACAGCGACCGGCUCACCGUCAAGAUGGGACUCAGACUGUCGCAGCUCAUCGAUAUCAACCUGAAGAAUCAGAUUAUGACGACGAACGUUUGGGUCGAGCAGGAGUGGAACGAUUACAAGCUCAAAUGGAAUCCCGACGACUACGGCGGCGUCGACACGCUCCACGUGCCCUCGGAGCACAUAUGGCUGCCAGACAUCGUACUUUACAACAACGCCGACGGUAAUUACGAGGUGACGAUCAUGACCAAGGCCAUACUGCAUCACACGGGCAAGGUCGUGUGGAAGCCGCCGGCCAUCUACAAGUCGUUCUGCGAGAUCGACGUCGAGUACUUUCCCUUCGAUCAGCAGACCUGCUUCAUGAAGUUCGGCUCGUGGACCUACGACGGAUACACGGUCGAUCUGAGGCACUUGCUCCAGAGCGAGGACUCGAACGAGAUCGACGUCGGCAUCGACUUGACCGACUACUACAUCUCCGUCGAGUGGGACAUACUCAAAGUGCCGGCGGUGCGCAACGAGAAGUUCUACAUCUGCUGCGAGGAGCCCUACCCCGACAUCAUGUUCUACAUCACGCUGCGUCGCAAGACCCUCUUCUACACCGUCAACCUGAUCAUCCCCUGCGUCGGCAUCUCCUUCCUCUCCGUGCUCGUGUUCUAUCUGCCCUCGCACAGCGGCGAGAAGGUCUCCCUCGCCAUCUCGAUCCUCCUCUCGCUCACCGUGUUCUUCCUCCUUCUCGUCGAGAUCAUACCGUCGACCUCGCUCACCGUCCCCCUACUCGGCAAGUAUCUGCUCUUCACCAUGGUCCUGGUCACGCUCUCGGUCGUCGUCACCAUAGCCGUGCUCAACGUCAACUUUCGCUCGCCCGUCACGCACAAGAUGGCGCCCUGGGUCAGGGUCGUGUUCAUCGACGUGCUGCCCAAGUUCCUGCUGCUCGAGCGGCCCAAGAAGGACGACGACGGCGACGAGGCCAACGCCGAGGACGAGGAGGACGACGAGGACGACGACGGCUGCUCGGAGCUCGACGACGACGAGGACGAGGACGACGGCGGCGGCCUGGACGCCGACGAGCGCGACAUGAUAGUGCGCGAGGCCAACGAGCUCGCCGCCGUGAAGCAGCAGCCGCCGCUUGGCUCGGAUCACGCCAACGGCGGGGCGAUACUCACCGACGUCUUCCACAUGAGCCCGGCCCCGCCGACGAUCGAGGUCGGCACCUAUCCGGACGUGUACGUCGGCUCGAAGGGCCGCUACGCGGCCGAGUACGAGCUGCCACCGGGGCUGCCCAUCGUCAAUCUGCCCUCGUCACCGGCCCACCUGAGACUCGGCGACUUCGCCGUGACCGUGGAGCACGACGGGGUGGUGGCGCUGCCCCUGCCCGGGGCCGACGACGAUCUCUUCGGGCCGCCCUCGCCCAACGGCUAUCCGCUGGGCUUUCAUCAUCAUCAUCAUCAUCAUCUGCAUCCGCAUCCGCAGGAUCCGCACGAGCUCCAGCCCAGCCCGACGUUCGAGAGGCUGCGCGACGUCGAGCGCACCAUCGAGGACGCGAGAUUCAUCGCCCAGCACGCCAAGAACAAGGACAAAUUCGAGGCCGUCGAGGAGGACUGGAAGUACGUGGCGAUGGUGAUCGACCGCAUCUUCCUGAUCGCCUUCACGAUCGCCUGUAUCGUCGGCACGGCCAUGAUCAUACUGCAGGCGCCGAGCCUGUACGACACGACCAAGCCGAUCGACAUCGAGUACAGCAAGAUCGCCAAGAAGAAGCUCAUGCUGAUGAAUCUGGCCAAGAUGGCCGCCGAGGAGGAGGAUUAGCAGUGGCUCACGACGCCGCGAACGGCGAUGGUGGACGCUAAUUACGAUUCUGCUACUGUUGCUGCCGAUGCUGCGAUUCAAUUUGCAACGACAACGACGACGACGACGACGAUGACGAUCGUGCAGGCAGCGAGCUGAGGUCGAUAAAAAAGGCUCGUACUCGACACCACCAGGACGGAUACGACGUACAGGUGAAAAAUGAUACACACAGACAUUUUAAGCGUUACGAUUAAUGAAAACAGUGCUUCGCGCGUAUUAUUAAGUACGAGAGAGGUGAAGAUGAAAAAAAAAAUUAUAAAUAACGAAGAAGAAUUAUAUUAAUGAGAAUACUAUGAGAUAAUGAUAAAAUAAAUAAAAUAAAAUAAAAACCGUAGACGAGGGUCUCAAGUGCCAAAUUUUCAAUCGUGUUAACCGUAUUUUUGUACACAUCCGCUUUUCGUAACUAACUCGCUAUACGUUUACGUGUAUGAUUAUCCUUAUUGUCGUUGUCAUUAUCGUUAUUAUUAUCAUUAGUAUUGUUAUUAUUAUUAUUAUUAUUAUUAUU